ACCGCAGUAUGGCCCACGCGCUCGCGGCUCGCCAGGAGAUGGAGUCGGCGAUCAGCUCCUCAAAGGACGGCCCCUUGCUGCGCGCAAUCUGCACGUCCGAUGUCGCGGCGGUGGCCAAGAAUCUCGCCUUGCCGAAGCUGGACGAGCGCCUCGACACGCCCAAAGCCGACACCGCGCUCACCUGGGCGGUGCGCCACGGCCAGCGCGCCGUGGUUGAGUACUUGCUGAAGGGAGGCGCGUCCGUCGAGGCCACGUCGGGCGGCGGCGGCGGCGACGGGACGCCUCCCGGCUCCUCGCCGCUACUCAUAGCGGCGAUGCGGGGCAGGACAGAGUGCCUUUCGCUCCUGAUCAGCGCGGGUGCGGAUGUUGGCAAGGCCCGGGAGGCAGACGGAUGGACGCCGCUGUUUGCCGCCGCGGCGGACGACCAACCCGAGUGCGUGCGCCUGCUCCUUCGUGCCGGUGCCGUCGACGAGGGAAUCGGGAAGCUCGAGAUGACGGGCAACAUGAAUGGCCUCCUCGCUGCAAAACUCAAGCGCCUCGCGGCGAACGGCAAGACGCACAGCGAGGUGGUGCAGCUGCUAGUCGCCUCGGGGUCGUGGGGCUAUUGGCUCAAGACUCGCGCCGGGAAGAUUGUCCUCACGAAGGGAGGCCACGCGAUGUACCGGUACUAGGCUACUAGCGAACGCGUCGGUGUCGCGGUCGCGCGUGGAGAGACACGUCGGCCCGACAAGCGGCACGCUUCUCUCUGCCUCUCUCCCCCACCCCGCCGAGACGUACGGCACGAGAGGAGGGGAGCUCGCGUGCUUGUCUGUCUCAGUCAGCACGCACAUCGGGUCUCGCGUCUCGGAGGUCGGAGCGCCCCGCUGCCCCGCGGCCGGGUGGCAGCCGGCGAUCGUGCGCACCGAACAAAAAGUUUUUCUCGGGAACC